AUGACUUAUAUUAGAAAUUUAUCCAGUAAUACCAAUACUGAUGAAUCAAGUUUGGAAAGUGUUGCUCAAGGUCUUCUUUGGAAAUUAGAAAAAGAGGCUGGUGCUAAACCUACUAGUUCAAAUUCACAUGAAUACGACAUUAUGAUCAGUUAUUCACAUAGUGAUAGCCAAGUAUGUCAUCAAAUUUAUGAAAAACUUAUCAAAGAUAAAUUUCGUGUUUGGAUUGAUCGAGAAAAUCUGCAUGGAACAACAAUGAGUGGCAUGGCUAAUGCUAUUGAAAAUUCAACUUUUGUUCUUAUUUGUAUGUCUCAAAAAUAUCAACAAAGUUCAUAUUGUCGAUUGGAAGCUCAUUAUGCACAUGAACAACAAUGUAACAUUAUACCAUUAAAAAUGAAAGUUCAUUAUAAGCCUGAUGGAUGGCUUGGUCUUCUUGUUGCUGGUAAAAAAUAUGUUGAUUUUGCGAAAAAUCAAAAUAACAUCAAUAUAUCUUAUGAAAAAUUGAAAAAGGAAAUCUCUCAACACUGUCAACAAAAAAAAAAUCAAAUGGCAGCAAAUAUGAAAGAAAAAGAUCAGAAAAAUAACUCUGCAAUCACUACUCAACCAGUUGAAGAGAUUUCAUCAUCGGUCGAACAUCAUUCAACCGUAGAGUUACCACACUGUAUCAAUCAGUGGACUAAUGAUCAUGUUAAAUCAUUUUUUAUUUCAAUCGGGCUGAAAGAUACUUUACUCAAUUUAUGUAAAGCAAUGGAUGGUCAGUGUCUUCUUCAAUUAUACGAAAUGUGUAUGAUUAGUCGUGAAUCAAUGUAUCUAUUACUUAAAACUGAAUUAGCCGAACAGCAUGAUAAGCCGUUGCCGAUUGCUGAUUAUGUUACUUUUCUUCAGAAGAUCAAAGCGUAUCUGCCAUUCGCUGGUAACAAAUUGAAAACUAUACAACCUGAUCCAACGCGUUCUGCAGUUUGCAGUGUUAUGUAA